AUGGAGAACGACCGCGGCGAGAUUGUGGACCUCUACGUCCCCCGCAAGUGCAGCGCCACCAACCGCAUCAUCAAGGCCAAGGACCACGGCUCCGUCCAGAUCAACAUUGCCAAGGUCGACGAGAACGGCCGCGCCAUCACCGGCGAGAACCACACCUACGCUCUCUGUGGCUUCAUCCGCGCCAUGGGUGAGUCCGACGACUCGAUGAACCGCCUCGCGCAACGGGACGGCCUCCUCAAGAACGUCUGGAGCGGGCAGAGGAUCUAA